AUGCUUGAAUUAUCUACUUGUCCUCAAUUAUCUCUCCUUUCUAAUACUAAUCCGGAAUAUAUCGAAAUUGAAAAUCAUAUCCGAAAUACCAUGUCACUGGUAAAAAUUAUUGCAAUAAUUAAAAUUCAUUUGCCCAAAGAACCAAAAAAUUGGAGUAAAAAAAUAACACAGAGAGUUUAUCAUGGAACGAGAGCUAAAUGUGAUCCAAAUGAUAUUCUAGAAUAUGGAAUUUGUUGUAGCGAUGAAUUCUGUGGAAUGUGUGGAAUUCUAAAUUAUGGAAAUAAAUCAAAAUUCUCGAAGCGUGGAAAAAAUAUGUGGUUUUCAAAAAGUGCAUCAAUUGCUAAUUCGUUCUCUUUUAAUUUAAACCUACCACAAGAUUAUCUUCGUACAAUAUUCGUCAUUGAUGUGUUGAAUGUCAGUGACAACGAUACAGAUAUUAUUAUUAUAAAUCACGAUAAUGCGACUCUUCAGCGAUUUCUUAUACUUUACGAAUUUUAA